UAGCCUACACUGCUACACAUGAUUAGAUUCUUAUAAAAUUAGUUCACAUUAAUUUAAUAUUUAUUUUGAAAAAUCAUACAUACAGGGGCAGUUUUGGAAUUUUGUAGCACUUUCCCUCUUUGGUAUACAUAGUCCUGAUUCUGAGAAAGACAGAGAAAGAGAGAGCAGAGAAAAACAGAGUACAGGACAGAAUUUGAAAACAAAAGUUGCAAUUUUAAGAAGAAAAAAGGGAUCAUUCAUUGGGUGUGAGGAAAAACAUGGCAGAGGUUGUCUUGUUGGUUGAUGAUUUGAAGUUUCUUUCUGGGAUUUCUUGGUGUCGAAUAUGCCAUGAAGAAGAAUUUGAGAGCUCCAAAAGCUUGGAAGCACCCUGUUCUUGUUCUGGAACCGUUAAGUUUGCUCAUAGAGAUUGCAUACAGAGAUGGUGCAACGAGAAAGGAAACACAACAUGUGAAAUAUGUCUCCAGCAAUACAAACCUGGAUAUACAGCUCCUCCUCCAAAGAAGUCUUUGAUAAAUGAUGAAUCAAUUUCCAUUAGUGGGGAGGAAGAAGCAAGAACAGAGGAUAUGGUGGAAGGAGUUGCAAUAGAAAGUGAUUACUCAGAAUGCAGCUCUGCCGCUGAAAGAAACGUGUCUUGCUGUCGAUCACUAGCAUUAGCUUUUUCAGCUGUCUUACUUAUAAGACAUCUUUUUGGAGUGUUUACAAAUGGAACAGAAGAUUACCCAUUUACACUUCCCACAGUCAUUGUAUUGAAGGCUAGCGGAAUUAUUAUACCCAUGUACAUAGUUAUUAGGACGAUCGGAGCUAUUCAGAACAAAAUUCAGCGACGGUGCCAGGAUUCUGACUACGACGUAGCUAUGUCUUAUGAAGAUGAUGAAAAUGAAGGAUCACAUGAUGUAAAUUUAAUACAUUCAUAGGAAAUUUAAUACAUUCAGUUAGUUAAAACUAAAUGAGAAAUUGUGUACAUGAUGCAUAUAAGAUUUUGAGCUUCAAUUCAAUAAAUUACGAAUCAUUUUUACCA